AUGAAGAAAAAUGAUGAAAAAUUGUCGAAAUUUUGGAUCUUUCGAAUUCUCUGGUUUUUCGUGUUUCCCUUCGAAAUAAGCAGUGUGAUUUUGGAUGCCGGAGUGAUCACUUGGCAGCUGCACAAUCAAUGCACUCAAGGUUUCCUCCAAUCCUACCUAAAACACGUUGAUGCGAAUGGAGACAUGAACAGUCGAUGUUUAACUGACUUCAUCGUGCACACGAGCCCAACCGGUUUGAUCAGACUUCAGCACGCGCUCUCGAAAGUCUAUAUUUGCUUUAAUAGGCGACGACAGCUUAUCACUAAGCUGCAAUCAAGACGAAACAAAGGGUGCUACUUCUACGAGAGAAUUUCCGAAGCUGGAUACACGGAGAUUGAAAGUGCUGCUGAGCCGGGACUCUUUCUUGGAUUCAAUAGAAAAGGUUACAGACAGGAUCCGUUCACCUAUUGGACUCGACGCAAAUGUUUCUCUUUUAUGAAAAAGUCACAAAAAUGGAUAAAUGUUAUUCAAGUAAUCAAUCACAACCCAGAAAGCUCU